GGGGGCCUGGAUCGAAUGGAUAAGUAGAGUCCAAGACUUUGUGGAGACUCGGAAGAUGAUUGCCGGGCUUAAAGCCAGAGAUGCUUGUGUGAAACAAAGUAUCUGUGUGUGUCUGUGUAUCUGUACAAUUGUCUGCGUGUGUGUGUGUGUGUGUGUUGUGCUCUUUACAAACAGCUAGCCGGGCUAGCUCUCGCCAUCUUACUUUCCCCUCUCCUGAGGAUAAGUUGUCUAAUAGAGCUGUGUUUUCUGUGUGCGUGUGUGUAUACACCCACAGUGUAAUAGUGUAAAUAUGUCCAGAAAGAUUUUAUAAUUUUAUAAAAUAAAAGUAUAGUAAAGUACUAUAUUUGAACUACGAGCAACAUGUCAGUCUAAAUGAAGAAUAUACAGAGGUGAGUUAAAAAUCUGUAUCUGUUUUUUUUUUUUUUUUUUUUUGUGAGAGGUGGUGUGAAAAUUAAAUACCAGUUUAAGAAAAAUCGUGUAUUCCGUUGCUUUGGAAGUCCGGUACGAAUGAAAUGUGCUUUACAGACAACACAUUUGUAUUCUGCGACACCAAAGCCAGCGGAGACGCUCAACGUAUUGUUUUGACAUGGAAACGUAAGGGGCAAUGACACGAAAGAUCACGAUGUAAUGAAUUUGCCUUAAUUAGAAGGCUAGUAUCUCAACGCGUUUUAAAAUCCGAAGCAUGUCGGACUGAUGCGUCUUGCGAAUAAAGCGCAGACAAAGGAGGAGGCUGGGUUUUUAAAAAGAGCAGGUUGAUCAUAGAAAAAAACUGAACUAAGCAGCUCCAGUUUAUUUCAGCAUUAAGAAUUGUGUUCAGAAGGUUGACGUACUUCUUCUAAGCAAGUACACACUUAAGCAUUUGAUUAAUUGCAUGUGUGUAACUUAAGUUGUUGUCCACAUAGCUCUGCAGGAGGCAACAUUUAAACUCUGCGUAUUAUGUAACUGCAGUAAUGGAGACCAAGGGGUUUCCACCAAAUGGCUUAAUGCCGCUUCUUGCAAUCUAUUUAAAGGUACGUUACAAUCCCUCCACACAGAGCAGAAUACAAAUGUUCAUUUACUAAGUCAAAAUCAUGAGUUAAUCAGUUGUUAUUCACUUCAUUUAAGAAACAUCGAAAUUGUUAUAUGAUUUGUUUUGACUUACACUUUCUCUGAUGUGUCUUUGUUGUGGUGGUAAAAUGGUCUUUCUCAGAUUAAAUCUAUAAAGUAUAAAAAAGCACAGUGCGAUCCACAAGAGGAAUUCUAAAAUAUGAAUUCGCUCACUGUCCCUUGUGCAAAACUGUAAAGCAGGCGUCGUUUUAUUGUUUUAAAUCGCACUAAUUGAUGCUUCGUCUUAAAAGCCGGAUGUCGCGCACCCUGCUGCGCAUGCGCGGCCGCCUCAUCCACACGAGACGACGUUACAAGGUGCGCGCGGCCGUCUCACACAGUCACACCGGGCGCGUGAGUCGGGUUUUUGUUUUUUUGUGGGCGACCGGGAACAAAAAGUGAAAUUAAUACCUCACGCAUUCGAGCGAACGGACCCCUUGUUUCUGCGGCGGUUGUUUUCGUGUUUUCUUUUUUAAAUUCCCUUAAAAGUUCCGCUUAGGCGCGCGCACUGCGAAAUCUUAAAAUGAGAGGCGCAACUCGGCCGAAGUGCUGAAGGGAAACGGCAGCAUCAUGUGUCGGUGCCAGCAGGUGAGGGACCGAGGGAGCAAAAGCUUCAGAUUCGGAUCUAUUUAUUGUCUGUAUAGGUUCAGCUGUGCUGUUGUGUUGUGAUAGGCCGCUGCUUGUACUAUUUCAUUUAGGCUCAUUAAAAAUAACGUUGCAUAAUGGCAAUAGUUGACAGUAAACAACUGUUAACGACGGUGUUAUUAAAUACUUUUACGUGUUACAGACUACUUUUGUCACCACUGGUUAUUUUAAUACCACCAAAUGAUAAAUAGACCUUAAAUCCCUUUUUUUUUUCUUCUUUUUUUUUAAAUACCUGUGUGUGUAAUUUUCAAGAGCCCCGCUUAGUCCGUUUGUUGCACGGGACGGGGGGUGGAGGGGGGUGGGGUUGAAGAUGGCGUCCAGGGCACCUCCCGACGGGGGCUACGGCUGGGUGGUGGUCACGUCGGCCUUUUUCGUCAUGGGCCUCACCGCUGCCGUCCUUAAGAACUUCGGCCUCUUCUUCCUGGACAUCCAGAGCCACUUCGGGGUCCUGACCAGCACCACCUCGUGGGUCACCUCCACCACCAUCGUCACGUUUCACCUCGGCGCCCCGUUGGCCAGCGCGCUGACGAUGCAGUUCUCUCACAGGCUGGUCAUCGUGGUCGGAGGUCUGCUGUCGGCCUCCGGCCUGUUGCUGGCGUCUCUGGACCUCGGCCUGCCCUGGCUCUACCUCACCAUGGGCGUCCUGGAAGGAACUGGCAUCGCCUUCGCGUGGAUCCCCGCCAACAGCCUGGUGAGCCACUACUUCUCGCGGUGGCGCCCCAUCGCCUACGCCGUCGCCAGCUCCGGGGAGUGCGUCUUCGCCGUCGUGUUCGGCCCUCUGUUCCGCUGGCUCAUCGAGGCGUACGGCUGGCAGGGGGCCCUGCUGGUCAUCGGCGGCCUUCGUCUUGCGAAUAAAGCGCAGACAAAGGAGGAGGCUGGGUUUUUAAAAAGAGCAGGUUGAUCAUUGAAAAAA